AUGUCUUUACAGGAUCUUAUACCUGUGGUUAACAAGUUGCAAGAUAUUGUAACCACCACUCAAUUAGCUGAUAUCGACUUACCCAUAUUGGCAGUUGUCGGAUCCCAAUCUUGUGGCAAGUCUUCAGUGCUUGAAAACAUUGUUGGUAGAGACUUUUUACCUAGAGGUACCGGUAUAGUUACACGAAGACCUUUGGUGUUGCAGUUGAUCAAUGUUAGGGAAGACGAUCCUAUUGUGACUAAGUAUCCUCAGCAAAAACAACAACAACACCUGAAACUGAAGCUGAAACAAAAACAAAAACAAAAUCAAAAGAAAUUUAAAAAGUCAAAGAGAAGUAGUCAUCUCAGAGAUGAUCAGGAGGAGGACGAUGAAGAUGAAGAGGGCGAGGGCGAUGGCGAUGGCAAUGGCAAUGGCAAGGGAGACGACUCUGAAGGUGAAGAACUGGAAGAAGUUGACUUGGAGGAACAUAUUAGAAGAAUGAAUGGUGGCGCUGGUAAAUCGACCCAAGGAGGUGCAAACUCAAGCACACGUGUUGAAUGGGGCGAGUUUCUACACAUUCCAAAUAAACGUUUCUACAACUUCAGAGAAAUUAGACAAGAGAUUGAAAAUGAAACUUUACGUAUUGCUGGGGAAAACAAAGGGAUCAGUAGAUUACCAAUCAACCUCAAAAUCUAUUCCCCCAAUGUGUUGAACCUAACCUUAGUUGACUUGCCAGGAUUAACCAAGAUCCCCAUUGGAGACCAACCAACUGAUAUUGAACGCCAAACUAGAAACUUGAUUUUGGAGUAUAUUUCCAAACCAAACUGUAUUAUAUUGGCGGUCUCUCCUGCCAAUGUAGACUUGGUCAAUUCCGAGUCCUUGAAAUUGGCAAGACAAGUGGACCCAACUGGUAAAAGAACCGUGGGGAUCUUGACCAAGUUGGACUUGAUGGAUCAAGGUACAAAUGCCGUGGAUAUUUUGAAGGGGAAUGUAUACCCAUUGAAGUUGGGAUUCAUUGGUAUUGUCAACCGUUCUCAACAAGAUAUUUCUGAAAACAAGUCGUUGGAUGAUUCAUUGUACUCAGAAGAACAAUUUUUUGCAAACCAUCCUGCUUAUAGAGCAAUGGCCAAGAAAUGUGGUACCAAGUAUCUUGCACAAACAUUGAACAAAAUCUUGAUGAAUCACAUUAGAGAUAGAUUACCUGAUAUCAAAGCAAAAUUGAACACGUUGAUGGGUCAAACCGAACAUGAGUUGGCCUCGUAUGGUGAAUUGCCAAAUAUUGGUAAUUCCAAAGAGGCAAGAGGUGCCAUGAUCCUCACCCUCAUGACCAAAUUUGCCAAUGGAUUCAUCAAUUCUAUUGAAGGUAACUCAGUCAAUGAAAUUGACACAAAGGAGUUGUGUGGCGGUGCUAGAAUCUACUACAUUUACAAUGAAGUAUUUGGAUCGAAUUUAGCAUCAAUCAACCCUACUCACAAUUUGUCGAUCCAAGAUAUCCGUACUGCAAUUAGAAACUCAACUGGUCCUAGACCGGCAUUGUUUGUUCCUGAGUUGGCAUUUGACUUGUUGGUGAAGCCACAAAUCAGCUUAUUGGAAGCUCCAUCGCAAAGAUGCGUCGAAUUGGUUUAUGAGGAAAUGAUGAAGAUCCUUCACAAUGUUUGUAUAUCCAGCAUCGGGCCUGAGUUGAGUAGAUACCCCAAAUUGCAAACCAGAUUGAUUGAGGUUGUUAGUGAUUUGCUUCGAGAAAGAUUGGGACCUACCAUCAAAUAUGUUGAGUCAUUGAUUGAAAUCCAUCGUGCUUAUAUCAACACUAACCAUCCAAACUUUGUUGGAGCUGCCAAGGCCAUGAGUGAAGUGGUUGCUGAACGUCAAAAGCAAAAGGAACAAGAACUGAAUAGUAAAUUGAGAUUGGCUACGCAAAGGAUUUUGGGUAAAAAGAUGAAGAGUAAUGCCAUUGAAGAGGAUAUUGAAGAAACUGCAGACAACGAAGAGGAACAAGACGACGAUGAGGAGGAUACUGAUGAGGCAGUUCAAAGAAUGAAGGAGGAUUUGAAUUCAGUUGAUGACAAGAUUGAUGAUGAUAAGCCAAGACACGGUAGAUCUUUUUCCAACAGAUCUAGACUCGACCAUGCUAGCCACUUGCACCCAUCAUCAUCAUCCUCCUCGUCACACCACCACCAACAAACAAGUGAGUCUUACCUCAACUACUUCCUUGGCAAGGACCCCAUUGUUCAUCAACAACAAAUGCAAGCGCAAGCACAAUUACACCCUACUCCAUUCAAGUUCCCACAUCCACAAGAAACAACCUUGCAAUUCAAUACUCAGUUUGUCAAUAACGGCGUCAUCCAAAAUCCACAUCAACAUCAACAACAACAACAACAAUCGUACCAAACCCAAAACGCAUCCCCAUUACUCAAUGGUCACUUAUCCCACGACCACAACAAAUUAUCCAUCAGCGACUCCUCCAACGACGGCUCAUCCACAUCAUUUGAAGGCGACACCGCCAUCCUCGAAUUGACAGAACGUGAACAAAUGGAAUGUGAAUUGAUUAGACGCUUAAUCAUUUCAUACUUUAGCAUCGUUCGUGAAAUGAUCCAGGACCAGGUGCCCAAAUCCAUCAUGUGUCUCCUUGUCAAUCACGUCAAGCAACAGAUCCAGAAUCGGUUGGUGGUUAAACUCUACAAUGAGUCGCUCUUUGAUGAGUUGUUGAUGGAGGAUGAGGGAAUUCAAGCUGAACGUGAGAAAUGUGUCGAGUUGCUAAAGACUUAUAAGGAGGCUUCAAAGAUCAUUAGUGAUGUCGUGUAA